AGUCCGCUUAUGCGUUUCCUAGAGCAUUAGUAAGUUUUUUGGUUGUAUUUUGAGAUCGUCGAGGAUUGUGUUUCUUGUCAAGUUUGUUAUUUACAAUGAUUCUUCUGUUUGUUAAAUAUAGCUGCGGAUCUCGUCCCAAAUUUGACUUAAAGAGGCACUAUUAUAUUAGACAUAUGUCUCUCAAGCUCUCUUCAUUACGAAAAUAGUUUGAAGUAAAUAUCAUGGUCUUAACAAUGAUUCUAAGGUGCUAUUUUAUAUAAAACGAAGCAGGAGCGAAUACAGAGACAAAUUUUGGGAGGGAAAAUUAAAAAUGUUUCGAUCGAAUGUGUCACGUUACACAUUUUUUGUAAAGUGUCAACAACUACACUCAGCUAUUGCUACGCUAAGAUUUUAUUCAUUUUGAUGAUUAUCCAGAAAUAAUUUGGCUUGAAAGUUUCGUGACAAGUUAAAAUUAAUAGUUACUGAAACAUUUUUUGGGGAAAAUUUCCCUCAUUUCCCACCCCUUGGAUCCGCGCCUGAGGAUCUACAUACCCUUUAAGAAAUGUGCCAAUUUAACGAAUUUAAGAGCACUGUACUAUUCGAGUAGAAGAAACAUUCGAGCCGAUAGCCACAAAUCCCGCAAUAUUCUUCUGGCAAUACGAUCUUGCGACUGCAGUCGCGUCAACAGCAGCGAACAGCUGGGAGUUGCGAUCCGGACUUUGCGAUGUGGUUGCUACUUGCGACUGCGACUUUCGUUGCGCAAUGCGCACGAAAUUGACCGCCGCGGACUUUCAUAAACAAGAUAAAAUACAAACUAAAAAAAUGACAUUAACUUCGCUGAAUUACUUAGAAAGCAAGUUUGUGUGAAGAAGGGCUUAAAUAACUUCUAUAGCAAUGGAUAGUGCCGAAGCAUUGGAUGAAAACAUAAAAGUUGAUGUGGUUCAGUUGAAGCCAAGUGAUGGUGCAGGGGAGUGCCUCUGGAAUUACACUGAGUUGCCUUCAGUUGUUGUGGCUGUUCUUCCAAUGAAGGAGGUUGCUGAAUCAACAGCAGAAGAGCAGGAUUCUCUUGCUCUGAAAUCUUUUUGUGAUACUUCUAAGUUCCAAAAUGAAUAUUCUCCAGCUGCUGGUGCAGCUGGUGAAGCUGCUGCUGAAGGUUCUGGAUGUGCUGGAAUUCCUCUGGCGCUGGGGCUUCUGGCUGGAUGUACUCGAGUGGUUGCACCAGCUCGAUGGUGCGGCUGGUGGUUUUGGGAUGGCCGUCAAUGGUCUGGGUCACUUCCUGCUUGA